AUGUCCAAAGGCUCACAACUGGAAGGCUUUUGCAUGGACCUGCUGUCUGAAGUAGCAAAGAAACUGGGCUUCAAGUACAAAGUGCAGCUGGUGAAAGAUUCUUCGUACGGCAGACAGGAUGAGAACGGGAACUGGAAUGGGAUGGUUGGAGAGGUGGAAGCCGACCUUGCGAUCGCUCCACUGACUCUCACUGCAGCUCGGGAGAAAGCGGUCGGGAUGACCAAACCUUUCAUGCAGACAGGAAUCAGCAUCCUGCUGAGGAAGGACAUCUCAGAGGGAACAGGCUUAUUUGACUUCCUGUCCCCCUUUGCAGCCGAGACCUGGGUCGGCAUACUCAUUGCCUACCUGGGGACCGCUGUUUGCAUCUUUAUAGUUACCAGACUCAGCCCAUGUGAGUGGAGUCAGCCUCAGACUGAGCAGAACAGAUUCAGCCUCCUCCACAGUCUGUGGUACACAGCUGGAGCUCUGACGCUCCAAGGUGCUGGCCCUCACCCCAAAGCUCUUUCAGGACGUAUCAUCAGCUGCAGCUGGUGGUUAUUUACCAUCGUCCUCUUGGCUUGUUAUUUCUCCAACCUCAGCUCCUCUAAGACCUCUGAGUCCACUCACCUGACAGUGAAAGGGUUUGAGGACUUGGCUAAUCAGGAUACAAUUGAAUACGGCUGUUUGGCUGGCUCUUCCACCCUUGCCUUCUUUAAGAAUUCAAACAAUCCAGUGUACCGCAGAAUCUAUGAACACAUGGAGAGAACCAAGAGUUUUGUGUCAUCUAUGGAUGAAGGGGUCCGGCGUGCAAAAGAGGGAGACUAUGCCUUCAUUGGAGAGUCUGUUUCUUUGGACUUGGCAGUAGCUCGCCACUGUGAGCUGGUCAGAGCACAUGAAGUCGUUGGAAUGAGGGGAUACAGCAUUGCUGCCAGCCUUGGCUCACCCAUCAUAAAGAACCUCAGCGUGGCAAUCCUACAGCUGAGCGAGGCAGGAGAGCUGGCUUACCUGCGAAGCAAGUGGUGGGCCAGCAGCUGCAUAGCAGACAAGGCCAAGUCUUCAGCUGUGCAGCCACACAGCCUCAAGGGGAUGUUUCUGGUUCUGUCCCUAGGCCUGGGGUUAGGAGCACUGCUGGCUGUUCUGGAGCUCACCUCCAAGAGCCGCAGAAGUGCAGCUGAGCAGAGGAAAUCCUGCUGCACUGUGCUGACUGAAGAACUGAGUCUGCGCUUGAGGAACAGCAAUGCAAACAAACCCGAAGAAAAUGUAGACAAAGAUAAAGAAAAAGCAUGA